AUGUUCAUUUUGAGAGGAGUCUUCUUCCUCCUUAACAUUCCAUUCCUCAUGGCAAAUUUCAUUGAUCCCAGGUGCUUUUGGAGAAUACAUUUGAAUGAAGUCAGUGAUGAAGAUUUGGGGAUGACUUGUGCCUUCAUCCUUGCAGCAGUUCAGAUGCCUAUUGAGAAAGAUUAUUUCAACCAGACUCUGUAUGUCCUAAAAACAACUAAAAACCACAAAUAUGCUUUGGCAUUGGUGUUUGCAAUGGAUGAAAUCAACAGGAAUCCUGAUCUUUUACCAAAUAUGUCUUUGAUUAUAAAAUAUACUUUGGGCCAUUGUGAUGGAAGAACUGUAAAACAUACACCCUAUUUAUUUCAUAAAAAGAAAUACAACCCUAUCCCUAAUUAUUUCUGUAAUGAAGAGAGUAUGUGUCCGUUUCUGCUUACAGGACCCAACUGGGAAGUAUCUUUAAGUUUCUGGAACUACCUGGACAACUUCUUAUCUCCACGUAUCCUUCAGCUUACCUAUGGACCUUUCCAUUCCAUCUUCAGUGAUGAUGAACAAUAUCCCUAUCUCUAACAGAUGGCCCCAAAGGACACAUCUCUAGCAUUGGCAAUGGUCUCUUUCAUACUUUACUUCAACUGGGACUGGGUUGGCCUUGUCAUCCCAGAUGAUGAUCAGGGCAAUCAGUUUCUCUCAGAGUUGACAAAACAGAGCAAAAACAAGGAAAUUUGCUUUGCCUUUGUGAAAAUGAUCUCAGUUGAUAAUGUUUCAUUUGAAUGAAAAACUGAAAUGUACUAUAACCAAAUUGUAAUUCCACAAUCCACAAAUGUUAUUUUUGUUUAUGGGGAAACAUACAAUUAUAUUGAUUUGAUCUUCAGAAUGUGGGAACCUCCAGUUAUACAGAGAAUAUGGGUCACCACAAAACAAUGGAAUUUCCCUACCAGUAAGGGAGACUUAACUCAUGGCACAUUCUAUGGGAUGUUUACUUUUCUAUACCACCAUGGUGAGAUUUCUAGCUUUAAAAAUUUUGUACAGACAUGGUUCCAUCUAAGAAGCAGAGAUGUAUAUCUAGUAAUGCCAGAGUGGAAAUAUUUUAACAAUGAAGCCUCAGUGUCUAACUGUAAAAUACUGAAGAACAAUUUAUCUAAUGCCUCAUUGGAUUGGCUAAUGGAACAGAAGUUUGACAUGGCCUUUAGUGAUGGUAGUCAUGACAUAUACAAUGCUGUGUAUGUAAUAGCCCAUGCACUCCAUGAGAUGAAUCUGCAACAGGUUGAUAAUCAAGCAAUAGAGAAUGGAAAAGGAGCCACGUCUCACUACUUGAAGAUAAACUCCUUUCUUAGAAAGACCCACUUCAUUAAUCCUCUUGGGGACAAAGUGAUUAUGAAACAGAGAGUAAUUCUGCAGGAAGACUAUGACAUUUUUCAUUUUGGGAAUCUUUCACAACACCUUGGGAUUAAGGUGAAGUUAGGAAAGUUCAGCCCAUAUUUUCGACAUGGUCAACACUUUCACUUAUAUGUAGACAUGCUUGAAUUGUCCACAGGAAGUAGAAAGAUGCCAUCCUCUGUGUGCAGUGCAGAUUGUAGUCCUGGAUUCAGAAGACUCUGGAAGGAAGGAAUGGCAGCCUGCUGUUUUGUUUGCAUCCCCUGCCCUGAAAAUGAAAUUUCUAAUGAGACAAAUAUGGAUCAAUGUGUGAGUUGUCCAGAAUACCAGUAUGCCAACUCAGAGCAGAACAAAUGCAUUCAGAAAGAUGUCACCUUUCUAAGCUAUGAAGAUCCCUUGGUCUUAAUGGCCUUCUGUUUCUCUGCGUUCACAGCUCUGGUACUUUAGGUCUUUGUGAAGCACCAUGACACUCCUAUUGUGAAGACCAAUAAAAGAAUCCUCAGCUACCUAUUACUCAUAUCACUCAUGUUCUGUUUUCUGUGCUCCUUUUUCUUCAUUGGCCAUCCUAACAGAGCCACUUGUAGCUUACAAAAAAUCACAUUUGGAAUUGUAUUCACUGUGGCUGUUUCCACAGUUCUGGCCAAAACAGUCACUGUGGUUCUGGCAUUCAAAGUCACAGAUCCAGGAAGAAGGUUAAGAAACUUUCUGGUAUCAGGGACACCCAACUAUAUUAUUCCCAUAUGUUCCCUAUUCCAAUGUCUUCUGUGUGCAAUCUGGCUAGCAGUUUCUCCUCCCUUUGUUGAUACUGAUGAACACUCUCAGCCUGGUCAGAUCAUCAUUGUGUGCAACAAGAGCUCAGUUACUGCAUUCUACUGUGUCCUGGGAUACUUGGCCUGCCUGGCCCUUGGAAGCUUCACUAUGGCUUUCUUGGCAAAAAAUCUGAGUGACACAGUCCACAAAGCCAAGUUCUUGACCUUCAGCAUGCUAGUGUUCUGCAGUGUCUGGGUCACCUUCCUCCCUGUCUACCAUAGUGCCAAGGGCAAGGUCAUGGUUGCUGUGGAGAUCUUCUCCAUCUUGGCAUCCAGUGCAGGGAUGCUUGGAUAUAUCUUUGCUCCCAAGAUCUACAUUAUUUUAAUGAGACCAGAGAGAAAUUCUAUCGAAAAGAUCAGGGAAAAAUCAUAUUUCUGA